CGCUAAAUAGCAGAAAUGUCCGGCACCAUUUGACGGGUUGUGGCAGAGCACACCACCGCUAGUGGAAACUCCAAAAUAAAGGCAACUGUAUGUGAAGCUUAAACUGAAACUUUAAACAAUGACCGCACAACUGGAAAACGUCGGAGUGUACCUGGCCCGAAGCAGCCCCGUCCUGAGCGAGCACCGCUACCUCUCCAGCGUCACCGACUCCUCCAUGCUCUGUAUUGUGGAGUCAGAUGGCAGCCACUCCAUUAGCUGUCACACCUUGUUCCAGACUUGGCAACCUUAUUUACCGGACAAUUGCCUGAAAUUCGGCGGUGCGAGUAAGUUGUCUCAGAACUCCGAGACCACGUCGCCCCUCGCACGGAUGCCAACCGACUUUAUACCCAGUAGAGGCUCCAUAGGGAGCCAGCAGCUGUUCAGUGUUAGCAAAACUGCUCAGGACCUUAUCAAUGACUACUUGGAACAAGAAACAAACCCUUGUCGCUCAGUCACAGUACACCCUAAGAGAAAAAUAAAGGUUAACCAAGAGUCACAAUCUAAUAUUGAUGCUACCCCCAGUUCACAUAAAAGCAGUACACAUGCCCAGAUUAUUGACUGUACAGCCAUUGGUAAUAUUAGUGAAAGUACGGGAGUCGACGCCGUAACAAUAUCUUCCACCGAUCACUUCCGUGUCACGGCGAGUACAUCUCAAAACGAGGCUUCGAAAAAUCGAGGACAUGUUAAAUCCAAGGUCACUGCUAGGUCGGCCAAGUCCAUCACUCACCGCCACCAGAGCAGGAGCUACGUCCGCCGGUGCCACGCGCAUACGUGGGCCUCCAGGUCCCAGCCGGUCCUCGACCAAUCUGACUCCACGGGCUGUCCAUCCUUAGACGUCACUGCGGCCGCAAAGUCACUGGGCGAAGCGUUGGCAGCGAAACUACAAGCACUAUUAUAUUCAGGCACUUCCAAUCGUAAGUGCAAUUGUGAGUGCGACUGUCAGUCCAGUGUGGGCAAAGAAUGCGGAACAAAGUGCCAAGACCCUCUAUGCAAAAAUAAAUCAAUGAGUGAUAAGCAAAACGAUAACAAUAGCUCCCCAGGUGCAUUGUGCUACAAAUCUGUGGCACAAAAAUCUUAUUUUAACGAAGAUGUCACUAGUACUGUGAAUAAAAAUAUUUCCAAUGCUCAAGAUCAUCCACUUUGCAAGCCGCCCUGCAUAGGGUUACUUUGUGGCGAACGUUACAAAUGUAACGAGCAACUGAAUAAAAACACUCCUAUGGAAGUUAACAUUUCCGAGGCUCCCAGCCCUGCAGAAACACAAACACCGCCCCUUGUACCGCCAUUAUUAAAAGACUACUGCACAGAUUCUGAGAAUUGCAGAGUCAAGACACGGGUGUUACAAGCCCGAGAUGCGAGUCCAGCGACCAUUGUACUGAAGGGCCCGUGGCCCGGGCCCAGCAAGUGCAUAAACGAAUCCCUUGACCCACUAACCAGUUGCCCAGGUGCUCAAAUGAGUCCCGACAGGAUUCCAUCAAAGAAUGAAUCUAAUUGUGAUAAGCCCCUUUUCCCGAGUAAUCAGAACCCAGCUACAAGUGACACGUGCCCGUCCGGCCUGAGAUUUGGUGACCGAUCACAGGAAUCGCAGACCCGAUCGCUGGAAUCACACUACAAGCCCGUACAUCCAUACCCAUCCAAACAUUCAAGUCGAAAGGGAAUGUGUUUGAACUUCCGGCCAGUUGCACAGAAGACACUGAAUUAUUUCUCUAGACCAAAGUACCCUCCUAGACCGCAGAAGGUAAAUGACUACCCCUCCAAUCCACAGGAAGUAAGAGACUACCCUCACAGUUCGCAGGAGGUAGGAGACUACCUCACCAGUCCGCAGGAGUUGCAGCGCUACCAUGUGAACCAACAUUGCGAACCCCCGAUUCCUCAAGAUGGCAUCUCACGCCCACAAGGGACACAAGGCUGCCUCACCACGCCACGACGUGACCCUGAGUGUCCACAGGGUUAUUCCACUUGCGCUCAGCAUGGUGCCUCACGUCCACAAGGCUACGUCACCAUGCCAGGAUGCGACCCUGAGAGUCCACAGGGUUUUUCCUCUAGUGCUCAAGAUAGCGCCUCACGUCCACAAGGUAACCUCACCACUCCAGGAUGCGACCCUGAGUGUACACAGGGUUAUUCCACUUGCGCUCAAAAUGGCGCCUCACGUUCACAAGGGACACACGGCCACCUCACCUCUCCUGGAUGUAACCCUGAGUGUCCACGGGGUUAUUCCACUUGCGCUCAGCAUGGUGCCUCACGUCCACAAGGCUACGUUACCAUGCCAGGAUGCGACCCUGAGAGUCCACAGGGUUUUUCCUCUAGUGCUCAAGAUAGCGCCUCACGUCCACAAGGUAACCUCACCACUCCAGGAUGCGACCCUGAGUGCCCACAGGGUUAUUCCACUUGCGCUCAAAAUGGCGCCUCACGUUUACACGGGAUGCAGAGCUACCUCACCACUCCACGAUGCGACCCCGACUGUCCACAUCGCUGCCAAAAAUCAGUAGGCCCGCCAUACACAGAACGUGAUGUAAACAGGCCAGCAAUACUGUCCAGAUCAUUCGCUCAAACUGAAUACCCUUACGAAGAAAUUAAACCAGAAAAACGGGCAAAGAAGAAGAAAGUAUCAGGAAACCUAACCAAAAGGAAAGAAAUAGAACGAGGAACCGAUUAUCCGUGUGCUCAAGUCUGCCAGGAUGACAUGGCACCCAGCAGCAGCGCGUCAAGUUUGAAUUCUUCAGAAUGCGUCAGCUCUUUAAAAUCAGCUAAUUCGGCAAAACAACCUAAGGUAAAGCCACCAAAAAAAUCAAAAGCUUCUAAAGCUCCAAAAAAAUCAAAUCAAGCUACAUCAGUUAAAACCCCGUGUUCUAUUUGUCAGCAGAAACUAAAAUCUGCAAAAGUAAAGUCACCUAAAUCAGCAAAAGUUUCAAAACCAGCUAAAUCGGCUGAAUUCCCAUGUGGUGUAUGUCAGCAGAAGAUAAUGUCUUCCGACAGUUCAUCUAGUUUAGUAAUAUCAGCAACGUCGGUAGAAUCAACAAAACCAGCAAAAGUUUCAAACCCAUCAAAACCACCUAAAUCGGUUGAAUUUCCAUGUGGUAUCUGUCAGCAGAAAUUAAUGUCUUCCGAAAGUUCAAUUCAUUCAAUAUCAGCAACGUCGGCGAAUUCAUCAAAAGUAAAGUGUCCUCCAAUUAUUUCACCUGGAGACGCACCUAAACCUAUACGUAGAACCGUAGUCAAAUUAAAAGAUCCUGGCAGUUACAAGCCCGACCAAGAAGGAGUGAUCAGCGUAGAGCAAUACGAGAAAAAUAAAAGAAAGAAGAAGAAAACUAAGCAACUGUCCACAGAUAUGUGUUUGCCGAUCUGUCGCCAAGAUAAGAAAAAUAAGAAGGAACAAUAUCAAGUAGUUGACUGUGUCAAAGUGUCCAGAGCAGUUAAAGGUGCUAUCAUUAGAUGCAAGUGUGCGAUACCAGGUAAGAUACAUUGUAAAAUUGUUCUCACAUUGUUCUAUUAA